AUGCUGGAUCCCACCUAUCAGCACUUCAAAAUCUCGCCAGACAAAGAACUGGAGCUGACGCUCGAUGGAGUGCCUAUAGAGUACCCAGCGCUCGUCAAAGAGGCGUUUUUAAACAAUUGGCACGCUUCAGCACAUCGAACCGAUGUUCCGUCGAAUUGUGCGUCGCUGAACGAGCGGCACUGUUGGGUGAUGUCGCGGAAUCAAAUGUUCAUUUGGGAGAGGGCUAAAUCCUCCAACCGAGCCACCAUCCCCCAAGUGCUCCCUCUCCCCACCAGCGGCCUCCCACGCUCCUCCAAGUGUGUCGUCGUCUACGAUGGCUCCAGAAUCUCAUCAAGCACCAAACUUCCCAUUCCAGGCGUCGUUAUCGUCUCUCCAGAAGGUGUUCUCCGCCACUGGACAUCGAUCGAAUCCUCAAAUUACAUCGAGAAGGUUCUGGACAUCAACAGCGAGGUGGCACUGAAAUUGGAGCUCACCGAUGAGCCAGCCGACGGAAAAUCCGCCAGUUUCCUGCUAACAACCACCUCAGGAACCAUCUAUUUUAUCAACGGAGAAGGCGAGAAUUCUGGGAAGACUGGGACUCUAGAAUGUCAUAAAGUGAUUGGAAGAGAGCCGCAGGGAUUCAGAAGACGUCUCUCCUCGAUUAUCUUCAGCAGUGGAAAUGGAUUAUCCAAAGAAAACCCAUCGCUGGUCACCAAUUCGUUCAGUUUUGAGUCCAAAAAUGCACUUUUGGUGGUGGAAGUGUCGCCGGACCUCCUCUCGGUGUUCAAUAUGUUGGAGCCAUCGGAGGUGUGGACGUUGAAGACGAAGGAAUUCUUUCAGCAGAGGGUCACUUACUUUUUUGAGCAGGAUUUGAAGCGCGUGCCGAACCUAGUCCGUUCGCAUCUGAUCGACGUCUCCGUCUUUCGUGGUGGUCUGAUGUGUCUGGUUGGUGGGACUCAUGAAGACACCCCCCUCGUCUCGCUGUUCAUCGUCUGGCUACCACCCGAUUGGCAAACGAAACAGCCGACGGAAUUCGUUUGGUCCGCCAAGAUCCCUAUCAAUGAGCAUCGAGCACUUUUCGCCAAACAGGACCCACAAGUCUACUCUAACUCGACUCUGUGCAUUCCAAAAGACACGGCCGAGUCGAAAAGUGCAGAGAGAACCGAUGGAAUCAUCAUUGUUAAUCCGUUUUUUGCCAUCUCCCUGUACCUCCCAUUCGACCUGUACAAACCCAAAAAGGCUCUAUCCCUCUACCGAUACAUCUCCCUGCCGGCUCGUGACCAGCUGAUUGGAUGCUCCAUCGGCAAAACGUACACCUACAUCAUCCUUCUGGAGAACGGCGUUUCUACCGUACGCCUGCUGCCACGUGGAUUCUCAGACGGCUCAAUGAUGUACAAUAAGACGCAGAUUGUGGUCCCAUCGCUGGCGGCUGGAACCGAUGAUUGGGGUGUGCUGAGUGAGCUGCUGACGGAAAUGGUCGCUGCUGGACUGCCAAAGACGCCCGUAUUCCAGUCGCUGCAUAAGUCUUUUGAGUUGUUCGCCGAGAAGGAUAUGGCCAAGGCGUCGGAGUUGUUGAAGGAGGUCCACAACAUGGCCGAUCAGGAGCUGUGUCGUGUCGUUCAACAAUUCCUAUCAGCAAUCAUUGAUUAUUCGGAUGCGGCGAACAAAACGGACACGGAGCUACACGCCAAACGAGUCCUCACAGCCAGAUUUCACCUGUUUCUGAAGCAUAUGGGUCUUUGGGAUCGAAUCAUCGUAUCGCCGUGUACUGUAAUGAGAGGAGGCGUUGCUCAGAUGAGAGUUGGACCCACCAUGUUGGGAGAGAUCAGUGAACGCGUAUCUGCCACCUCAGCCAUCUGGACCUGGAAGUGUUCCGACGAAUCGAACGCGGCGAUUUUCGACGUGAUCAUUGAGAAGGCGUUGCGAAUUCCAGAAGUGCAAGAUUUGGGACUGAAAGACAAGGACGCCCUGUUUGGACGGUGUGGUCUGGUCCAUCACAUCCCAAUGAUUGCUGCUCAACAGUUGGAUAAGGAGAUAUUGACAAAGGCGAAGGCGCAUCGAAUGGAAGUGUUCCACUCGGUGUGUGAUCUGCUUACUGGAGUCAGAGACGCCAUUUUCACAUGGAGAAAUUGCAGAACCCGAAUCCCGGUGCCACGUCUACCGUUGUGGUGGACCGCCGAAACGUUUGCUCCGUGCUAUCGUCUGGUUGCUGAGCGAAUUCUGGAAGAACUCCGUGAUGGACAAGCGUCGGAUAGUGAAAGAACACGGCUCUUUAUGUACAUUUUGGGCAUCUACGACUUCUACCUAUCGGAAAUGGACGGUCGUCCUGACAACGAUAAGAUACUCCAAGACCUGAUUGCAAUGGGUAAAGUGGGCGACGCGAUUGAGCUGGCCGAGCGGCACAAGGACUUUGGAACGUUGAUCAAGAACUUCCUGAAUACCGAAAUUCACACGAGACAGAAGACGUUCGAGAGGUACAAGAAGACGUAUGAGAACGACGAUUUCGAGAUGUACUUGUGUGACUAUUUGAAACGAAACGGACGGAAUGAUGUGUUGUUGCAACAGGGUGGACGCAGAGUUGAUGCCUAUUUGGACAAUUUUAAGGAACUUCGUUACGGACGAGAAAUCGCCAACAAGCAGUUCGGAAAAGCGGCUCUAACGCUAAUGAGUUUGGCUGAAGCGGAAUCGAAAAGUUUUUCGAAAUUCUCGGAUUUCCUGACUCGUGCCUAUUAUUGUGCGUCGAUUUGUCAAGACGGGACGGACGUUUCCGAGGUUUUCGACUUCUAUAAACGACGAUAUCCUGAGAUGAAGCAUCGCAAUCGAAUUCCACCAGAGAUAUUGAAGACUGGCUACGGCAACGACUUCGACGCGAUGAUGUCAGUGGAAGAGAUGCUCGAAUGGAAUAUGUCUCUCCAAACGUCAGACGAGGCUACUGUAGACGGCUACGCCCGUGCGUUCCACCUCCUCGCCGAUCUCUUAGUGGUCCAUCCGGAUUCUGUGGAGCUAAAAGAGAAAAUCGAGAAGACGUGGCUAUCGGUGAUUGAUUACGAUGAAUGGAGUCGGGUUAGAAGCAAGGAUGACGUCGAGAAGAAUACAAUGUUCGGGAAGUUUUGCGAUUGGUUGACGAGCAUGUAUCCGGCGGAUAAAGGAGACCCAUUCCCAGCAUGGAUGCCCCUCUCCCGUCUUGUAAUCCUUCCUUCCAACGUGGAUUCGCUUCUCGAAGAAUCGACAUCCGAAACUACAGUAAACCAGAGGGCAUGGAUCAAAGGACACGUUAAAUGGGUCGCCGAGCAGCUGGGACAUCAGGCACGUCUUCCGAAAUUCGCCUAUUUCCGUCCGGACCCGAAGGAGAACGGAUCGAUUGGACAGGCGGUGCUCGAGGGAUUCGCACCGAUUCUGGAGCAGAGAGAGCUCAGAGUCAUCGCCAUGUUGGACAAGAUGAGCGGCGCCAUGAAGGCUUAA